AUGCAAUUGGCUUUAUUGGAGCUCAGUCAGAUUCAGCAUAUUGGAGAAAUAUACACCAGCAUAAUGAUACCGUUACAAAAAACAGAGGUACUGAAGAGAAAAACCGAGCCAGCGCAAGUUAAAACGGCUAUCGAUAAUUUUGAAAAAUGUGUUGUCGAUGUGAGAAAUAAAACUGAUGACAUAAUAAAUGAAGCCAAAGGUAUUUGCACUGAACCCCAAGGCAACAAAAGGAGACGACGUAAUAAUAGCAGCCACGAUCACCGAGUUGCCGCAUUAGAAGUAUGCGACAAUAUAAUUUCAAUUCAAAGAUCAUUUGGUAGCCGCAUCCAUUUUUUCCCCGAACACUUUGGAGAAUACUGUGAUGACAAGUUGGAAACUACUUGCUUGGCUUAUCCCGAAUUAGAAAAAAGUCGUUUAAAGACAGAGUUGUCUGUCAUUUAUGCACGGAAUGAUUGCCGAGAUUUACAUGGAACUCUGCCUCUUUAG